UCAGCAGAAGCGGAAGUGUCCACGGUGCGUGCAGUCAAUCACGUGCGGAUGUUUUGCACUCUGACAGUAAACUUCGACUCGGGACCCACUCGUGACUAAUGUCAAACACGGAUCUCGGUUGUUUUGGCAGCCGUGCAAAUUAAUUGUCUUGCUCCGGCCACUUUUUAAUAACUGAGAGAAAAUGUCGCUCCGCUACAACAACAAAGUGGCUGUUGUCACUGGAGGAUCUAAAGGAAUCGGCAGAGGCAUCGUCAGAGUGUUUGUGGAGAAUGGUGCCAAAGUGGUGUUUUGUGCAAGAGGACGUGCAGAGGGGGAGUCUCUGGAGGGGGAGCUGAACCAAGCGGGACCUGGGCUGUGCACAUUUGUCACAUGCGACGUGUCCAAAGAGGAUGACAUCAAGAGACUCAUUGUGUUCACAGUGGAGAAAUAUGGGCAAAUCGACUGCCUGGUCAACAACGCUGGGUGGCACCCACCUCAUAAACCCACUGACGACACCACAGCAGAGGAGUUCAGGGACUUGCUGAAUCUGAACGUCGUCAGCUACUUUUUGGCAUCUAAAUAUGCAUUGCCCCACUUGCGGCAGCGUCAGGGCAACAUCAUCAAUGUUUCCAGUCUGGUGGCAACCCUCGGGCAGAAGGAUGCUGCGCCGUAUGUUGCAUCCAAGGGGGCGAUAAUCUCCAUGACAAAGGCGAUGGCCGUGGAUGAGAGUCGUUACAAUGUGAGAGUAAACUGCAUCUCUCCAGGUAACGUGAUGACACCUCUGUGGGAGGACUUAGCAGGACAGACUCCAGAUGCUAUAGCCGCCAUUAAAGCAGGAGAGAACGCUCAGGCACUUCAUGGACGACAUGUUCAGGCACUCCCCUUCUCCAUUGGCUCACUGCGAUUCGCCAGUUUCUUUAAGGCCGCAGAUAUCAACAUCGAACGCAACACGGCAUGCAAGCCGAAGCCCGACCCCUCCUCCCUGGUGUUCGGCAAACAGUUCUCCGAUCACAUGUUGACCAUCAACUGGUCGGAGAAGGAUGGCUGGGAGGCUCCUCAGAUCAAACCUUUCCAGAACCUGUCGCUGCACCCUGCCUGCUCAGCCCUGCACUACUCUAUAGAGCUCUUUGAGGGCAUGAAGGCGUUUCGUGGAGCCGACAACCACAUCCGCCUCUUCAGACCCAUGCUGAACAUGGAAAGGAUGCACAGGAGCGCUGACAGAAGCUGCCUGCCGUUGUUUGAUAAAGAUGAACUGCUGAAGUGCAUCAGGAAGCUGGUAGAGAUCGACCAAGAGUGGGUCCCCUUCUCCCAGGACACCAGCCUCUACAUCCGACCCACGUUUAUAGGAAUUGAGCCGUCUCUUGGCGUGUCUCGGCCAGGAAAAGCCAUGAUCUUUGUCAUCGUCGGCCCAGUGGGCCCCUACUUUGCCACAGGGUCCUUUAACCCUGUGUCUCUGCUGGCGGACUCUUCGUAUGUCAGAGCUUGGAAAGGAGGAGUCGGGGCGUACAAGAUGGGAGGUAACUACGGUCCCACCAUAAUGGUGCAGAACGAGGCGGUGAAGCAAGGCUGUCAGCAGGUACUGUGGCUGUAUGGAGAGGAGGAAGAGAUCACUGAGGUCGGCACCAUGAACCUCUUCAUCUACUGGACCAAUGAGAAUGGAGAGAAAGAGCUGAUGACCCCUCCUCUGGACGGCAUCAUUCUUCCAGGAGUCACCAGGCAAUCUCUGCUGGACCUCGCCAGAACCUGGGGUGAGUUCAAGGUGACCGAGCGUACAAUGGGCAUGAAGGAGCUGCUCGGGGCUCUGGAUGCUGGAAGGAUCCAGGAGAUGUUCGGAGCAGGCACGGCCUGCGUGGUCUGUCCUGUCGGCAGCCUCCUCUACAAAGGAAAGACGUACCAGAUCCCGACCAUGCAGAACGGUCCAGAUCUGGCAAAGAGGUUCUACAAAGAGCUUACUGAUAUUCAGUAUGGACGUAAUGCAAGCGAAUGGGCACCACUUGUCGUUUAAACGACCGAUAUGCACGUGUCCCAUAAUUCCAGUUUGGAUGACCAGUACACCCACUACAUUUUCACCCUACCCCUCCUUUCCUUUCAACCCAUUAUUACACUCCUGCUGCUUCUUUAUCGAACCAGAGGAGACGCACGGUUCUCGCCGUCGUUUCUUCUCAGGCGACAUUUUCACGAAUGUUCCUCUCUCUACGGACUCUCAUCGGAAGAUGGUUGGUGGUUUUAAUUUAACGAGAAGCGAUGUUAACAACUAUAUGCAGUAUGUCUGACUUGACACUACCCUUCACCUUAAGGUUUGAACUACAGAGCAGGAAGAACAGCUGAUAUAGGAAGAGAAAAAAACAGAUGGUCAAUAAUCAAAAGAUGAGAUGUGCCUAUGUGGUGACGUCUGUUACUCUAAGAUGAGUGGAUCUUUUCACUACACAUCCAAUAUGGUUCAAGUGUUUCUCCUUGUAUUCACUUGAUCAUAGUGAAGAGCACAAAUGUUCAUACUCAUCAUCAACAUUAAUAUUCUGAUCUUAAAACUAUGAUGGAGUAUGAGGGCGAUUCUAAACAAAACAAAUCUGAGAUUAAAAGGAUAAAGUCAAUGUUACGAGAAUAAAUUCAUAAUUUAAGGAGGAAAAAAGUUUUAGUGUUACAAGAAUAAAGUUCUAAUUUAAUGAGAAAAUAGUGGGAAUACUACUUGAAGUUUUAGUGUAUUUACAGACAAAGUUACUGAAAAAAGUCAGAACAUUAUGAGAAUAAUUUCUUAACUUAAUGAGAUAUGUCAACAUAUUUUUAUCUUAGGAAAUAUCCAUCAGGGAGAACCUGUGCUUGCUGGAGUUCCAUUUCUGGAUCCAAAAUCUUGAACCAGUCUCAUUAGUUGUUUAGAAAUUAAGGAAUUUCUUAGAAUACCACGCAGAUGCAAUUAACUAACACCUCACAGUCGAACACUAUCAAAUGUUUCCUCCAAGCCUGUGUGGUUGUUUCAGUUUCUUAUAGAAUCUUUUUAAAGUCCUGAUGCUUUUAUAAUGUGGAGCUGAUGUCACAUAAUUGAAGAAUUUCAUUAUUUGUGGAACAUUUACUAAAGUACAGCUCCACUUUCCUAAUUUUAAUGCAGGCGACAUAAUGAUCUCCCCACAUUGUCCCUCUCAAUUGACAUUUAGACGAAAAUUGCUACUUUAUCCAAGUAACAUUACGACUUUUAUUACUAAUAUUUAAUUUUAUUACUAAUCCAGUUAUAUUAUGAAUUUAUUCUUCAAAUCCCCCUUUAAGUGACUUAACUACUUCGUUGUGGACAAAAAAUUGGCACAGACUGUAUUUCAAAAAUAGGGGUUUUAAUAUUUGCAAUAAUAAAGCAGCAGUGUAUUUGGUGUGUAAGACUUAGCAUUAGACAGCAUUUUAGUGAGUACUGUUUCUUAUCGACAAAAGUAUUACAGAGAACUUCACAGCAGAAAAUACUUCUAUUAACAAUAACCUGUUCUACUUGCAAACAACCCUUUUGGUGUUUUUCCUGAAAACGUUUUAGCUGUUACAUGUGAGUAAAUGAAAUCAGGCCGCGUACACACAUAGCAAGGUGUGGUUUUGUUGCUGUCGUGCACAUAAUGAACUGACAGAGUAUAUUGUCGUCGGGGGGGCCAUGUCACUUUGACACUAAGUUUGAGUUUGCACUGACCUUGGGUGAUGACGGGUACGUUAUCUGAGCGUGACUCGGCUGUAGGAAACAGAAACACGAGCCGUGUUUUAAAUGUAUUUGUUGGUUUUUGGUUUGUCAUGAGUGCGACGAGAUGAUAAAAGGCGAGGUCAAGUGAACACAGUGCACACAGACGACCUAAACGCUGUAGAGGACUGUGGUGUCGGCAGUUACUCCUGCACUAGUUACUGUGUGAUCAGUAUGAAAACAAUGUAUAGUAACAAAUAGAUGGUUGUUAUUUUAGAGGAUUUUAAAUUAUUUGAUUUUCCUGUGUAUUGAUGUGAGAUUAGGUCUUCCAAAGUACUUGGCUGUCACCAGUGUGUUGCUGUAUUCUUGGCCUCCUGUCCCUCGCUGUCUCUCUUUGAAUGUAUUUUUAUUUUUACACACACCUGUCUGUCCCUCUCUUCUGUCCAAGUGCCUGACCUCGGUCUGUUUGCUUGUAGCUGUCAGCGGCUGUCUUGUUUUCUUCCACCUAUUGCACUUGGAGUUUUAGCCGGAUUCUUUUAAGUAAAGUCAGUUAAGUUUUUUUUUUUCCUUUUUAAAAGUGCUGUUACUUUUACUUGGCUGUUUUUACAAUAAACCUGAUCUGAGGUGUG